AGGAGUCACUAGCAAAAUGGCUCAAAAUCCAAUUAUUGUUGCUUUGGGUUUGGUAUGUGCUUGGACUUGGAUACAAAGCAUAGAUGGUGAGUACUUAAUUGGUGUGGGAAGCUAUGACAUGACUGGUCCUGCUGCUGAUGUGAACAUGAUGGGUUAUGCCAACUUUGAACAGAACACUGCUGGGAUUCAUUUCCGGCUAAGAGCAAGAACUUUCAUUGUGGCUGAGAGCCUUGGAGGUCCUAGGUUUGCCUUUGUUAAUCUUGAUGCUGGAAUGGCAUCACAGCUCCUAACUAUUAAGGUGCUUGAAAGACUUAAAUCAAGGUUUGGAAAUUUGUACACUGAAGAAAACGUAGCAAUCAGUGGGAUUCAUACACAUGCUGGCCCUGGCGGGUAUCUGCAGUACGUGCUUUACUCUGUGACUUCUCUUGGUUUUGUGAAGCAGUCCUUUGAAGCCAUUGCUAACGCAAUAGAACAAAGUAUAAUUCAAGCUCACAACAACCUCAAGCCUGGUUCCAUUUUUAUUAACACAGGAGAUGUGAAGGAAGCAGGUAUAAACAGGAGUCCAAGUGCAUAUCUUCUAAACCCUGCAGAGGAGAGAGCAAGAUAUCCCUCCAAUGUUGACACUCAGAUGACCCUUUUGAGGUUUGUGGAUCAUGCAAGUGGUAAAAGUGUUGGAGCAUUCAACUGGCACGCAACACAUGGAACCUCCAUGAGCAGAGAAAACAAGCUUAUCAGCGGAGACAACAAGGGUGUUGCUGCUAGACUCUUUGAAGAUUUGUUUGCUUCUCAGACUAACUCUUCAUCCUCAAACACCAAUUCCACAGUACCAGAUAUUGGUCAACUCGUGAAGAAAGCACAAUCAAUUAAAGCCACAGGAGGAAAGGAUUGCAAUCAACAUACAAGCCAAGCAUCUAAAGUUAGAAAGAAUGAUGGAUCCUUAUUUGUUGGAUCAUUUUGCCAAUCAAAUGUAGGAGACGUGUCACCAAAUGUUCUAGGAGCAUUUUGCAUUGACACUGGACACCCUUGUGACUUCAACCAUUCUUCAUGCAAUGGCAAUGACCAACUUUGUGUUGGCAGGGGACCCGGGUACCCAGAUGAAAUAUUAAGCACAAAGAUCAUAGGAGAAAGGCAGUUCAAAACAGCUGUGGACCUGUUUGAGUCUGCUUCAGAGGAACUGACAGGGAACAUUGACUAUCGCCAUGCUUAUCUGAACUUCACAAACAUUGAAGUUGAAUUGGACACCAACAAGGUGGUUAAAACAUGUCCUGCUGCCCUUGGUGCUGGUUUUGCAGCAGGAACAACAGAUGGGCCAGGUGCUUUUGGGUUUCAACAAGGUGAUACUGAGAUUAAUCCGUUUUUGAAAACGGUGAGGGAUACGCUAAAAGAACCAAGUCAAUAUCAAGUGGGGUGCCAAAACCCAAAGGCAGUAUUGUUAAGCACUGGAGAAAUGUUUGAUCCUUAUCCUUGGGCGCCAGCAAUUCUUCCAAUCCAAAUUCUGAGAUUGGGAAAACUCAUCAUUCUUUCUGUACCAGGAGAGUUCACAACAAUGUCGGGUAGAAGGCUCAGGGAGGCAGUGAAGAAGACAUUAAUAUCUAGCAGUAAUGGAGAAUUCAAUAAUGAAACACAUGUCGUUGUUGCAGGAUUGACAAAUACUUACUCACAAUAUAUCGCAACUUUUGAAGAAUACCAGCAGCAACGGUACGAGGCUGCUUCAACACUAUAUGGUCCUCACACAUUAUCAGCAUACAUCAAAGAAUUUAAGAGACUCGCACAAGCAAUGGCUGAAGGCGAGAAAAUCAUCGGAAAAGGUCCUUCGCCGCCAGAUCUUUCAUCAGUACAACUAAGCCUCUUACUUGAUCCCUUUGGAGACUCAACCCCAGAAGGCAUCAAAUUUGGUGACAUAAAGGAAGAUAUUGCAUUUUCUAAACAAGGCUAUUUUACAAAGGGAGAUAGACCAAGUGCUACAUUCUGGAGUGCCAACCCAAGAUAUGACCUUCUAACAGAAGGUACAUUUGCAGCAGUCGAGAGCCUUCAAGGGGAAAGAUGGAUUUCUGUUCACGAUGAUGAUGAUUUAAGCUUGUUUUUCAAGUGGAAAGUAGAUAAUGUUUCCUCACAUGGCUUAGCUACCAUAGAAUGGGAAAUACCAAAUGGUGCUGUUUCUGGAGUAUACAGACUAAGACACUUUGGAGCAUCAAAGAACACCAUUGUCUCCCCAGUUAAUUACUUUACUGGGGCUUCAAGUGCAUUUGCAGUGCAAUAAAAAUAGAAUCUCUGUUUUAUUGAAUAUGUUUUAAUCAAAUACAGAAGAAAAGAGCUAUGACCAA